AUGGCUCCUAAGGAUGGAGAGGCAAUUCCCCGGAGUUCAACUGGGCAUUGUGAAGUUGUCACAAGAGUGCCAGAGACUGAAAACCACGUACAAGCUGUUUUAUGCACUAGUCCACCAUACUGGAGUCUGUUGGGAUAUGAGGAAACAAACACUGUCAAAGCGAGUCCCGAUAUCUGGGGUAAAUUUAUCAAGAAGAACGAGAACUACGAGACCUUUCGAAGCAAGGGCUGCAAACACUACAAACUGUUGUGUGAACUUUUCAGUUCGUCCACUGCUACCUGUGCUUUUCGGAUCUCCUCUACCGAUCCACCAAGGACAGCCAAGCGCUGUGGGAAACAACAGGUCAACCUGGAAGAAUGGUCCGAUGAGAGUGAUGACCCAUGGUCCGAUGAGAGUGACGACCCAGUCCAUGUUGUUGAAGAGCCGAUCAUAUCUGAGUCACGGCGUGGAGUGCAUGAAAGGCAGUCGUCCAGAAGCUCACAGCUACAGGAGUGUAUGGAGUUGUUCAAAGCCAGUUUCGAAUCAAGGAGCGAGUCGGUUUCCAACAAAGAGAGACAUAGCAUCGAGGCAGCAAUGGCGGAUUUGAAUGAAUUGAAAUCGACAGUCUCAAUGAAGGAGUACCUCGCAGGCAGUUUAGCUCUCAAGGAGGAGACAAUGAGGCAGGUGUUCAUGUGCUACCCGGAGGACGCACGAAGGGCAUGGCUUCAGACCCUUAUUCCCAACUGAAUGGCCGCGGGAUCGUUUACCAUCUUAUGUUCUUUAUGACGCUCUUUAUGUUGUCGCCACAGUAAACUCUUCUGUUUAUGUUCUUUAUGACCCGCUUGAUACUACUAUGUGGAUUACGUGUGUUUGGAUAUUGGUACCUUGUGGUUUUUACGUGUGUUAGGUUUUUUCGAA